GCCCAGAGACUCCACAGACAAGGAGACAGACACUCGCCCGGCCGGCCCCCUCCUCCUCUCCUCUGGCCUAAGUUUGAGCUGACUUCACUCAACAGGCACCUGACCCUCCCAGAUGAGGUGGGAGGGGCUUCAGCACACAGCCGUGGUAGGGUGGAGGUACAGGCACCAACAAUAUUUAAGAUGCUGCCUUGGUGGGGCAUUCAGACUUGGGAAGGAAAGUGUUCGAAUACCCACUGAGUUCCACUUCAGAAACUCUAGCUUUGAGAAAGGCUAAGAAAGCACCUUGGAAGGAGACCACCAGGAAGGCAGAAAACGGCCAGUGUGAGUCAAAAAAAUAAGCUUCCUGCAGAGCCCCAGACUCUAGAGGGAGACUUCUCCAACAGGCCUCCAGAUGACGCUGAGGAAGACCUGGGUAUGCGUUCUCCUUGUGGCCUUUGUCAGCCACCCUGUGUGGCUGCAGAAGCCUCCUAAGCGCAAGACACCUGCUCAGCUCAGAGCAGCCGCAUGCUGUGAGGAGGUGAGGGAGCUCAGAGCCCAGGUCGCCAACCUCAGCAGCCUCCUGGGUGAGCUGAGCAGGAAGCAGGAGAGCGACUGGGUCAGCGUGGUCAUGCAGGUGAUGGAGCUGGAGAGCAGCAGCAAGCGCAUGGAGUCCCGCCUCACAGUGGCCGAGAGCAAGUACUCCGAGAUGAACAACCAGAUCGACAUCAUGCAGCUCCAGGCAGCACAGACCGUCACACAGACCUCGGCAGAUGCCAUCUAUGACUGCUAUUCCCUCUACCAGAAGAACUACCGAAUCUCUGGAGUGUACAAGCUUCCUCCCGAUGAGUUCCUGGGCAGCCCAGAGCUGGAGGUGUUCUGUGAUAUGGAAACUUCAGGAGGAGGCUGGACCGUCAUCCAGAGACGUAAGAGUGGCCUUGUCUCCUUCUACCAAGACUGGAGACAGUACAAGCAGGGCUUUGGCAGCAUCCGAGGGGACUUCUGGCUAGGGAAUGAACACAUCCACCGGCUUACCAGACAGCCAACGCGGCUCCGUGUAGAGCUAGAGGACUGGGAGGGCAACGCACGCUAUGCCGAGUACAGCCACUUUGCAUUGGCCAACGAACUGAACAGCUACCGCCUCUUCCUGGGGAACUACAGUGGCAACGUGGGCAAGGAUGCCCUCCUCUAUCAUAACAACACGGUCUUCAGCACCAAGGACAAGGACAACGACAACUGCUUAGACAAGUGUGCACAGCUCCGUAAAGGUGGCUACUGGUACAACUGCUGCACAGACUCCAACCUCAAUGGGGUCUACUACCGCCAGGGGGAGCACAGGAAACACAUGGAUGGCAUCAGCUGGUAUGGCUGGCAUGGAGCCAACUACUCCCUCAAGCGAGUGGAGAUGAAGAUCCGUCCUGAAGUCUUCCAGCCCUAAGAAGGCUGCUGCAAUCAAUGCAGAGCCAUGGAAGCGAGAUGUGGAAGGCUGAGGGGGGCAGGGCAGGAAGGGAGGAGGCGGAGAAAUGGCAGGAAGGGAAUGGUCUAUCAUCUUCAAUGAAAAGUCAAUCUCUAGGGAACAUGACGGAACUUUCUCUGUGCCACCAACGUGAGCACAUGCACACCCAGUAGAACCACAGGUACCAAACAGUACACCAGCAAUGGCAACAGUUAGUAGCCUCGGUGGGCCUGCCACUGGUGCCAAGGGGGAGGACUGCAUGGACCCAGAGAGCAGCAGCCUACAUGACUUACCCAUGGGAAACAGGAACCCUGAAGUACUUUACCCAUUCUCUCUAACUAAGGCGUAGAUGACCCGAGGGGAAGAGCAAAUAAAAAGAACUGUUGUGACUGUCAGAGGAGAAGGUGGCGGCUUCCUCUUCUUAAACCGCAUGACAUUUCCUUGUGUCUAUAGGAUUUUGAGUUUCUCUUUAAGACAGAAUCUCUCUCUACACAGCUCUGACUGUCCUGAACUCAUUAUGUAGUGGCUGGCCUUGAACUCAGAGAUCUACCUGCAUCUGCUUCCCAAGUGCUGGGAUUAAAGGCCUGUGCCACCACACAGCUUUAUAGGAUUUUUAAGAGACAAGCCUGUGCCACCACACAGCUUUAUAGGAUUUUUAAGAGACAAAAAUGUGGGGGCUAAACUUGUUUCAAGGACUCUCCAGGGCCGGGUCUGGGUCAGGGAACAGCAUUGCCAGGCAUGCUGUGGGGUGGGUGUGGGAGUGAAGACCAGUGGGAGGUGAGCCUUAAAACAUUCUCAGUCGACAUACAUAUCCAUUUUUACUCAUUCUGUAAGAAAUGGACUCAAAGAGAUCCCCUUUAAAAAUACUGUCUAGGAGAACAAUGUCUGGAAAAUGAAGGUAGAUGGAGCUGUGGUUAAAAACUUAUGCUUUGUAAAAAUAAAAGAUUGUGAUCUCUGUCUUAAA